GCAGCACUACCAGUUGUUUUCGCGGGCAGAUGUUCGCGCAACAGCAGGUGCCGCUUGCCACUCAACUGGACUGAAGUGUAUGUUAUAAGUAUAUUGAAUUGAAUGCUUAAGAACAUUUUUAUGACACGGACUGCUUUUUCUUGUUUACGUUGAGAUUUGUGAGAUGCGCUCGUAAUCAACUGCUACAGAUAGACUCCAUCUGACGCCUCCACAACCCCCUCAACAAUGGCUCUGUUUCCCUCCGGAGGAACGGUGUUUGUUCUACUCCUCAUUAGCAGGAUGUUAGAGAACUCUCUGCUCAGCGCUGAGGUUAAAGAGGGAGAGAUUCUGCCUCCUACCAUUCAGAAGCUGAUGAAAGGAUACAAUAAGUACCUCCGGCCCUUCUUUGACAAUGGCCCUGUAACAGUGGGGAUGAGUUUGGACAUUGCCAGCAUUGACACCAUAUCCGAGAUCAACAUGGACUACACAGCCACCAUCUUCCUGCGCCAGCGCUGGACGGAUGAGCGCCUGGUGUUCGAGGGCAACAAGAGCCUGAGUCUGGACGGCCGUCUGGUGGAGCUGCUGUGGGUGCCCGACACCUUCAUCGUGGACUCCAAGAAGUCCUUCCUCCACGACAUCACGGUGGAGAACAGACUGAUCCGCAUCUUCCCCAACGGAACUGUCCUGUACGCCUUGAGGAUUACCACCACAGUGGCCUGCAAUAUGGACCUGACCAAAUACCCCAUGGACAAGCAGACUUGCACACUGCAGUUGGAAAGCUGGGGCUACAACGUCAAUGAUGUGAUGUUCCACUGGACCAGAGGGAACGAGUCUGUGAGUGGUCUGGACACUCUGCGCCUGGCCCAGUACACCGUUGAAGACCAUUACACCUCUGCUUCAGAGGCGGUCUAUGAAACUGGAAACUACCCCAAACUGAUCUUCCACUUUGAGCUGAAGAGGAGCAUCCUGUACUUUAUCUUGGAAACCUAUGUCCCUUCCAGCCUGCUGGUGGUCCUCUCCUGGGUCUCCUUCUGGAUCAGCCAGUCGUCUGUUCCUGCCCGGAUCUGUAUAGGGGUGACCACAGUCCUGACCAUGACCACGCUGAUGAUGGGCGCCAGAACCUCCCUGCCCAACGCCAACUGCUUCAUCAAGGCCAUCGACGUCUACCUGGGCAUCUGCUUCAGCUUCAUCUUCGGGGCGUUGAUCGAGUACGCCGUGGCACAUUUCUGUACCAUGCAUCACCCAGACUCCCAUCUCAUCAUGUACGGCCAUCCGAUGCGUGACUUUGACGAGGAGAUGAACGGCAUCGUCACCACCAUCGCCAACAACGCCAACAACCGGGCCAAGAGGCGCAAGGAGACCCCCGCUGCGCCCACCAUGGCCGUGCCCUCCGAGGCGGUGGGGGCUCCCUCUAGCCCCACCGGCAGCGAGCCCAAGCCCGAGCCCCCCACCCAGGACCCCCCCAACCGCUGCCUGAGCGCCCUGGCCCUCAUCCGCAAGGUCCUGCGCUCCAUAAACUGCUGCCACGUGGAGAACCCCCACUACAUAGACAACUACUCCCGAGUCACCUUCCCCCUCUCCUUUGUCAUGGUCAACCUGCUCUACUGGACGUACUACCUGUACUUCUAACAUGGAACACGUGGCCGUGUGUUUGUGGUUGUGUGUGUGCGUGUGUGCGGAUGGGUGUUUUGUGUGCGCGUGUGAAUGUUUCUGUGAGAGGUGAGGCGUGGACAGUAUGUAUGUACUAUGUGUGUAUGGUUUGUUCAUACAUGUGUAUUUUAUCAAUUGAGUGUGAGUAUUUUGUACAUUCAUGUUCGUGAGAGAUGCUCACUCUAUGUAGCAUAGACUGUUGUAGUGGGUCACUACAGUUUCAAAGGAAGAUCACAUACAGUAGGUUCUUUCCAUAGCUCGGGGCGUGAACUUGUUGAACAGAAGAUUGAUUGGCCAAGCCUGGUGAUAAGCAGCAGUGGGUCUAGAUGUGCUGUGUAAUGUUAUCUUCCUGGGCAACAGUAUGUCUGGUGAGGGAGAGAGAACCCAGGGUAUCUGUGACGCCAGGUUACCCUAGGGCCAUCGUUUGUCUCCUCUCUCGCUCCAAAUCACCAUCUCACUUCCCUCUAUCUGUGGCCUCUCCUCUCUCUCUCUCUCUCUCUCUCUCUCUGUCUCUCAUGCUCUUAUCCUCUCUCUUCCUCUUUAUCCCUCUCUGUCCCGUAACAUUCUCUAUGGUUUUUAUUGCCAGUAUAAAUCCAGUGGCCUUGGCUCCCUCCAACACAUUAUGGAAAUCGACUCCCAAUGAAGGCCACCAUAAACACUUUAAUAUCAUUUGUCAACCCACAGUACGCGCCACUAUGUUUUACAAGGGAGAAGACUUCCAGUGCCAGCAGCACCUUAACCGGACAGACAUAAUGCAAUUGGUGUGAAUAUACAGCGCUAAACAGACAGACAGGCAACCUAUAUGGUGAUAUAUGCAGUAUUCCUCAAGGGCGCUGGUAGUAUUUUCCACUGUGCUUUUGUAUAACAUGUUGUGUUGAUAGUAAAUACUUGUACCUUAACGUAGUAUUGAUGUUUUAGGAGACUGAUGUUUUGAAUAUGGAUGAGAAUCUGACAGGAUCUCAACAGGAUGUCAUCCUCAGUGCUUGUGGGGCUUGAGCUAACAUGACAUGCUUGGAGCUUGGAGGGAAUGUGACAUUGUACAGAUAAUGUUUCAACAAUAGGUAGUAAUAACCAAAGGACCAAAGAUUUCAAAUUGAUUUGUUAUCCUUCUUGGUUUUGUGUUCAUAGUUUCUUCUAAGUUUAACUAUAAAUACAUUUCAAACUGCUAGACCGUAAUUUGCCAUUAUCAUCUGUGAAAUCAUAGCAGCAUGGUUUUAGCAUGCAAAAAGGAUUUCUUUAACAAUCCACAUUACAAAUGUACCAUGUAAUUUGAAAAGAAGGUCUCUUACAGUGAAAUGCAUGUUUCUUAUUCCUUUCUUGAAUAUCCUGAUUAUGAAGUGCAUACUUUAGUUACAUAUUUCAUCAAUGACUGCAAAAUAUAAACAGAGCUUCCAUUAGCUACAGAACAAUCUCAGAUAUGAUAUCCUGUCCUUAGUAAUGCAUUUAUUAACAAUGUAUAUAAUGGGAAUCCAUGUUUGCAAAAACUGUUAAUGGUACAUUGCCAUCUGUGUUCAUUCCGGCCACAUCGUUUUGUAAAGAGAGCUAUCAAACACUGCCCAAAAGUCUUCUUGAAGUGCAUUAUAAUAAAACGUAUUUCUCAGCUUGCUAAAUAUGUUUGAGAACAAGCUACUCUGAAAAACCGAAGAUAAAAAAUACUCAUAGCUUUGGUUUUUAAUGCAUGAUUAUCAAGGAUAGUUUUGUUUUUACUUGCUUGAUUUUGGUUUACAUUCAACUGAAUGAAUCAGCUGAAGUGCUUAGGUUGAGUAAUAGUCAUGCAGUCCAAACUGAGGCUCACAAAAGAUAUAUUAAUACUUCUCUUGGAUUCUAUAUUGACUUUUGUGACCAACUUGCAUCAAACUCCGCAAAGUCCUUCAGUUGGUUUUCCAUCACGUUGAAUCAUGUCCAUACAUUAGUGAGAAUCCACAAGGAUAAAGUGGAACCUAGGUGGCUGUAUCCCUUGGAUGGUUCCAUAAAAAAGCCUCUUUGAAAAACAGAUCUUACUUCGGAAAAAUGAUGGCAAAAAUGUAAAAAGCACACUGUUGCAGUGUUUGUGUGCGUGUGUUGUACGGUAUUUUUCACAUCCCCUAAACCAGCAGUUUGUCAGUGCCAAAAUGGAGCCAAAGAAAAGCAAAUGGCUGCGAAAAUAAACUUGUCAAGGUGAAAUGACACCUUGACAUCCUCCCCAAAUGCCUCAUCUAUUCAGCCCCCUGAAACCUUUCUGUCACCUAGUGAUAACGUAGCCCCCUCCUGUGCCCCUC